AUGUCUGACAGUGAUAGCAAUAUAAGUAACACUAGUGCCAAAGUUGUGAAAAAAAGAAAAUAUACCCAGGUAUAUAAAAUCCCAUGGGAAGAUGAAAGUAAAUUUAAAGGCUGCCUUGGAAAAAGUAAAAGUCAAAGUCAUCACAAAUUAUUACCUAUGUGCAAAUGUCAAAUCUCUCAUAAAACUUUAUUGGACUGUUUUAUACAAAGAGAAAUCAUUGACAAAUCCGCAGUAUUGGAUAUAAAUUAUAAAAAUCCCAGAAAUAGGUUACCCAUUCGGGAGGUGUAUUUUGGUUCUGACAUUCGUCAGACAUGCGUCAUGACGUCGCAUCCUAACAACAACGUCGGAACUGCAAAAAAAGAAAUUUUUGAUACCGGUGAACCGUUGCCAUCAGAAUUUACACAUCAAAUUGUUGGAAAAAAACCUACCAUUGGAAUAAACAAUACGUCCCCUGUACUAGUUAAAGCAACGAUCAGUCUUUAUUCCGAUGAUGAAUGUAUGACACCAUAUCCGACACCAUGUACAUCACCAGAGCACUGUGGCCAGUUUUGUGAUGGCUCAUUCUAUCUGUGUCAAGAAAUCGAUAUCAUAGAUAGUGCAUCGUAUCGUGUUACUGUAUCUUCCGAAGGAUUGUCAACGCCAUCAUCAGUUUUAAGCGUAAAUUCGCCAUCGUUAAGUUUAGUUACGUCAUUUAGUAUAAGUAGUCAGAAAGGCCACACGCUAAAUGAAGGAGAUAGCGUACAUUCGGUCAUAGAGAAAGCAAGUCACUCUAAAGAUAUUUUUACACCAACUGAAUGGCACACUAUGAUAAGGUGGGCAAAAACUUCCGGAGAUCCAUAUAUUGUAAAACAGAUGGCCACCAACAAUUUUAAGAAUUAUAAAGCAUUGCUAGUGACUAGGGGAAGUACUCGAAAUGCUCACACCAGAGAAGUAGCAUUAGAAGAUUGUUAUGAUGGAUUUAGGCCUAUUUCUUUGGACAAAUUUAAGGACCUAAACCAGUUAUGUGCCACUGGCAUUAUUCCACAACGAUACCACAAUUUUUACAAAAAUCUUAAACAGCGGAAUAAUAAUAAUAUAUCUGAUAAUGACAGUUCAGAAUAA